CGGGGCCACCUUUUGUUCGAGGAGGGGCGGGAAGCGGGCAGACGGCGCCCGUCGAGGACGGCGAGCAGGACGCAGCUGGCAGGGGCAGCAGACCCUUCCCUCCCGUCGUCCGGCGGCGGGGACCGGAGCGAGAUCAGCCGGGGGCCGCCAGCCCGGCCCGCCUCUCUCUCUCCGCUUGCACACGCCUCCCUCCCUGCCCCUCUUCGCUCCGCCGGGCAGGUACCAAGUGGCCGGACCAGCGUUGCCGCGGAUCCAGGAGAAAAUGCUGUCCAACAAGGUGGAGAAGCGGAUUGCCUCAUCCAUCUUCAUCACCCUCACUCCACCCAGGAGGGACCACAUGGUGGGAAGUGAAGCAAAGCCACAGAGGGCUCCACUUCCACCCAGCAGCAGCCUCUCCAAGGAGGCAUUGAAGUCUGCUGCUCCCUCCCUGAUCCAAACAUCUUCUGGUGCUGUUAAAGGGAGCAGAGGCUGCUACGGAGGGACAGCGGGCGUUUCCAAUGGAGGUUGUUCUGCCUUGCCAACUCCUCCCAUCCUGUCCUGUAAUGCAGUGGACCCUAGACUGGAUAGCAUCUUUCCUCCUCCACCAUCAUGUUCUAAACAUUUCUCAGUGGAGACACUUGGUCCUGAUCUCCAGACACAAACAUCAGUUUCCCCCACAUCCUUGCAGACUUCUUCAACCUUUGCAGCAGAACUGAGGCAACCUAAAAUUCUGACUUCAACCCUUGGUUGGGCUGAUGAGCAUCAGACAGAGAGGAAGGUGGAGAAUACCGUUGCAACAGAUAUCUGUGCUUUUUGUCACAAAAACAUCUCUCCUGGGACUCCCACGCUUGAGGCGAUGAACAAACAGUACCAUGCUGACUGUUUCACGUGCCGAAAAUGUCACAGUGCCCUCGUGGGGCAGCGCUACUACCAGAAAGACGGCCGGCCCCUGUGUGUCACCUGCUACCAGAACACCUUGGAGAAGUGUGGAAAGUGCCAGGCCUUAAUUGUGAACCAAAUUGUGCGGGCCAUGGGCCAUGGAUUCCACCCGGAGUGCUUCACCUGUGUUGUAUGCCACCGGGCCAUUGGUGACGAGGUCUUUGCUGUUGGUGACGAUGAUGCUGUGCAUUGCCUGGACGACUUCUACAGGAGGUAUGCUUCUGUGUGCAGUGCCUGUGAGAGGCCCAUUAUCCCAAGUGAUGGAAGGGACUCGUACAAGAUAGAGUGCAUGGGGCAAAACUUCCAUGAGGACUGCUACCGCUGUGAAAGAUGUUGGGUCUUGCUGUCCCCAGAACCCACAGAAGAGGGCUGCUACCCUCUGGGAAGCCACCUCCUCUGCAAGACCUGCCACAUCAAACACACUGAAGAAUCAUCUUGCUGAGCAAAUGAAGCACAAGCAUAUUUCCAGACGCUGCAGCACAGAGCACAGGAGGCAGGCAGUGGUGUGCUUCAGCAUUUGGACGUCCCAGUUUGUGCCUCACCUGUUAACUUUUAACUGAGCCUUUGGGGGGGGGAACCUUUCAGUGUUGGGGAUUAGUCCUGGGGUUGUGUGUAAUGCAAUGGUGACAACAAGGCUAGCUAAAAGUGUAGGGUGGAGUUACAGGAAUCUCCCCCUACCACAUUGUUCUUCCUUCCAGUGGCCUUGGCUGUAACAGCCUGUAGCAGUGCAAUGCCUCUCCUGGGAGAGAGACUGAGCCAGGAGGUGGUGUUUUUU